AUGCCUGAAAGCUUAAGGGGAGUGAACUCAAUUUUGGGACAACUGGCACUUUUCUUUGUUGAGAUAGUCUUUCACUGCAGUUUGAUUCUAUCUAUUGAUCGGCUUAUUGCAACAGCUUUUCCAUUGCGUUAUCAAAACUGGCUCACUGACAAAGUUACUCUGAGCUUACUGGCUUUUAUCACGGUUUUAGCAGCUUCUUACUGGGCCAUCUACUUUUUUGGAGACUGCAGUUUCCACUUCAGUCAUAAACUUCGCAUUUGGGCGUUCGAAAAACCGCAAUGUACUGGGUACGGCCUAGAGUAUAUCGACAUGAUCUACCACCUAUCUUUAUUCGGACUCACCUCCAUUUUCGAUUUGAUAACAUUGUCAAGGCUGGAGAGACUCAGGAAAAGAUUCACUGUUGAACACCAUGAUGUCCAAGGAGCACACGAAAGUAAACGUCGCGCUAAGAAGGAAUUGCUUCUAUUUGUACAGGCUACCCUCACUUCUUCAAUGUACUUAAUUAUGAUUAUAUGUUUUCAUGUCAUUUCACCCACAGUUUCCACUACAUUUUCGUAUUUUUUGUUCACCACAUUUGCUUGGGGCCUAGCACAUACAAUCGAAGGGGUUGUUCUCAUUGGCCUCAAUCCCGAGAUACAUACACAUCUUGUUAGUUUUCAAAAACUCUAUAGUUUUAUCAAGGACCCGCAUAAGAGCUCCUCUGGCCAGAAAACUAAAUUAUUUUCUGUGACAAAGAACCAUGAGCUGAGUCAUUAUGAAAUUUAG